GAGGUGUGAUUGCCUACAUCAGUUCCUCCAGCUCUGCCUCCAGUCCUGCCUCUUGUCACAGUGAGGGUUCUGAGAACAGUUUCCAGUCCUCGUCCUCAUCUGUUCCAUCUUCUCCAAAUAGCUCUAACUCUGAUGCCAACGGAAAUCCCAAGAACAGUGAUAUCUCUAGCAUCGACGGUGUCUUGAAGAGUGAUCACACAGAUUGUCCUGUGAAAACAGGCAAACCUGGUGCUCCUGGCAUGACCAAGAGUCACAGCGGUAUGACAAAAUUUAGUGGCAUGGUUCUACUGUGUAAAGUCUGUGGGGAUGUGGCGUCAGGAUUCCACUAUGGAGUUCAUGCUUGUGAAGGCUGUAAGGGUUUCUUUCGGAGGAGCAUUCAGCAAAACAUCCAAUACAAGAAGUGCCUGAAGAAUGAGAACUGCUCUAUCAUGAGGAUGAACAGGAACCGAUGCCAGCAGUGUCGCUUCAAAAAGUGUCUGUCAGUGGGAAUGUCAAGAGACGCUGUUCGAUUUGGCCGAAUUCCUAAGCGUGAGAAACAGAGAAUGCUAAUUGAAAUGCAGAGUGCAAUGAAGACCAUGAUGAACACCCAGUUCAAUGGCCACCUGCAAAAUGACACCUUAGCAGAGCGUCAUGAACAGUCAACCUUAUCAGCUCAGGAACAGCUGCGGCCCAAGCCCCAGCUGGAGCAAGAAAACCUCAAAAGCUCUCCUCCCUCUUCUGAUUUUGCAAAGGAGGAAGUGAUUGGCAUGGUGACCAGAGCCCACAAGGAUACCUUUCUGUAUAAUCAAGAGCAUCGGGAAACCUCAGCUGAGAGCAUGCCAUCCCAGAGAGGAGAACGGAUCCCCAGGAACGUGGAGCAAUAUAAUUUAAAUCAUGACCACUGUAGCAGUGGGCUUCACAGCCACUUUACCUGUAGUGAGAGCCAGCAGCAUCUCAGUGGACAGUACAAAGGGAGGAACAUAAUGCAUUACCCAAAUGGGCAUGCCAUUUGUAUUGCAAAUGGACACUGUGUGAACUUCUCCAGUGCUUAUACUUAAAGAGUCUGUGAUAGAGUUCCAAUAGAUGGAUUCUGUCAGAAUGAGAACAAGAAUAGUUUCCUGUGCAACACUGGAGGGAGGAUGCAUCUGGUUUGUCCUAUGAGCAAGUCUCCAUAUGUGGACCCUCAGAAGUCUGGGCAUGAAAUCUGGGAAGAAUUUUCAAUGAGUUUUACACCAGCAGUAAAAGAAGUGGUGGAAUUUGCAAAACGUAUUCCUGGUUUCCGAGAUCUGUCUCAGCAUGAUCAGGUCAACCUUUUAAAAGCUGGCACUUUUGAGGUUCUAAUGGUACGAUUUGCUUCAUUAUUUGAUGCAAAGGAGCGGACUGUCACCUUUCUAAGUGGGAAGAAGUACAGUGUGGAUGACCUGCACUCAAUGGGAGCAGGGGAUCUGCUCAGUUCUAUGUUUGAGUUUAGUGAGAAGCUGAACGCUCUCCAGCUCAGUGAUGAGGAGAUGAGCUUGUUCACAGCAGUUGUUCUGGUAUCUGCAGAUCGGUCUGGAAUUGAAAAUGUCAACUCGGUGGAAGCUUUGCAAGAAACGCUCAUCCGUGCACUAAGGACCUUAAUCAUGAAAAACCACCCAAAUGAGGCCUCCAUUUUUACAAAAUUACUUCUAAAGUUGCCAGAUCUUCGAUCUUUAAACAAUAUGCACUCUGAGGAGCUCUUGGCCUUUAAAGUUCACCCAUAAGGCCUUGGAACCUGAACUGAUGCAGCUGUACAUUAUGUGCUAAGAUGCUUAUUUAUAUGUGUAUACCAUAUGUGGAAUUAGAAAAGACCUUAGACAGUGCCAGGUCCUGGGCUGUCUCUGUAGUCAGUUACCAGUAGCUGUUUGGAUGAGAACUCAUUGCCAUGUUAGACACCCCCCCCCCCCCCCAGACCAAUCGGCUGUGUUGCACUUAGACUGGAGAAGUUACACUGAGUUAUAACCACACUGAAUGUUAGACUUUUUCAUCUGCCAAAGCCAAAAUACCAUUUGAUCUCCCUGUGGUAGAAAUCUAACACACAUUGGUGAUAUAGGAAGACUUAGACAUUAACCCAUUGUGCUGAGAGUUCUGUUGUACCACAAGACUGAAAUGUGUCUGGGCGUUGGUGGCAUAGCUGGGCGUUAGUGACACAGCACCCGGGAGGCAGAGGCAGGUGGAUCUCUGUGAGUUCCAAGGCCAGCCUGGUCUGCAGAAUGAGUGCCAGGAUAGGCUCCAAAGCCACAGAGAAACCCUGUCUCAAAAAAACAAAAAAAGACUGAAAUGUAGUAAGGGAGACUGAGAGCCUAGAGGUCUUUACAUGUUUGAAUUUUGCUCUGCCGAUGUCAAAGUACAUUGUCCUAGUAGUCCCUGGGUUGUGGAAAAUGAUAGUGUCCCCAAUGUCCUGCCUCACAGAGAUACUGAAAAAUAUCCAUGAAGCAUAUUUUACCUCUUGGGAGAUAGGCACUAUGUAAAUAAGGUGAAGUUUUAUUAUAAUUGCUCAUAAUAAUAUUCUUGUCUUAUUUCUAAGCAUUUCUUGAAAACUGUUUGACAGUCCACACCAAUCUGUUCAGGGUUCCUGCUCAAGUGGGGUACCCUACUGAUAAACACAUAUUCCAGGUUUAUGGACACCUCAGAUAGUAUGUGUACAUAGUAUGUAUGUGAAUAUAAUUAUAUAUAAAAUCUCACUUCACAAUAUUUUAAACUGUGAAGAACUUUAUCGUACAAUAAACUUAAACAAGAGGUGUCAAGGACCCAAAUUAGGUGCAUUUUACCUGCUGCUGCUGAUGUAUAACCAUUGCUUUACGAUCUUUAGGUGGUAGAAUACUGAAAUUAUUUUUAUUUAAGCAACAUUUAAUGUAAAAGUGUGAUGGGCAGUCAAAUCCAGAUUUCAGAAAAAAAAACAACAUGUAUUUUAGAGUACAUCUUUGAUGUCAAGUCUACAGUUGAAAUACUAGGUGUUUCAGAGCAUUUCAGCUUUCUCCCUUGUGCUGAUAGAGGUGGUAUUGCUGCCUCUUACCUGUUGCAGGUGGAUGGAAGGUUUGGGUUGUGUGUGGAGGAUGAAGUUUUGUUUAAGGAAACUUCGUUACCCUGUUGGCAUGUCUGUGCCAAGUCCACUUUUCUUUCCUUCCCUAAAUAAAACUACAGGGAUUUUUAUCAAAUUAGAUAUAAUAUAAUUUGAAAAACUUUUUAGUGGGUGACCUACCUAGACUUAAAGAUCAUGGUAGGAGAGAGAGCCAAAGUUGAAGAUGUUCCCCCCCUGGAAAGUAGCAAUUAAUUGUAUUUUGGGGGUAAAAUUGCUGUCUGUAUAAUGUUUGGAUUAUAUGAAAUUGUAAAGACAUUAAGAAUAUGCUUUACUAUUUUAAGCUUGUUACUUUUGUGACAUGUAAGCAGAAUGCCUUAUUUUGUAGUCUUAACUUGUUGCUACAGGAUUUGAAUUUCUGUGGCACAGUUAAGAGAGUUUGAAAAAGAUAAACCCUUGUUGUCAAAGAGGAAAGCUGAUGGUGUAUCUGUCAUACAGUAGGGACCAUAACUGCUGUUUACCUUCAGUGGGUAUGGCUUUCAUGGGUUAUACAAAUAGGUUUUGUGAAUCCUUUACAUGAUAGCAUUAUCCUUUUAUAUUUUUUUUCUAGAAUAAACAAAUACAUAGUUUCUUCUAUGGAGGAUAGAGAGCUUUUUGAAAUAAUACUGAAAACCUCAAAGAUUAUGUUGAUUCUUCAUUUUUGCCUUUGACAUAAGUGUCUUUAUAACAUGUAUCUUUAAAAUAGUUAAGUCUUUGGGAAUAUGUAACUAGAACUGUUAGUAUUGCUUGUAAUGCUUUAGUUAGGGUUAGUAUAUACAUGUACACACCUAAAUAUAAGCAUGUAGAUUUGCAUUUUGUCUCGUAAAAUUUUAUUUCAAUAAAUUCUUCCUGUAGUAAUGGGAAACAAAAUUCAUAGUUCAUAUGCCACAUGUAGUAUUUCUGUAUUUGAAAGUUGCCCAAAUAUGAGCGUUCUAAUUCUAAAUUAAACCAGCAGCCUAAUACAAGCACACUCUUUGAUUGAGUCAUGCUUAAACAAGUAAUAAAUGACAACAGCCAGAUAGGGAACUUCUGAGUCAGUGGGGCACUGUUGAUAAUUAAUAAUGUACUGUAUGAAUUAAGUGAAGCUUUAACUCUGACAUUGUGGUUCAAGGUUAAAAUAUGGGCAU